AUGAAAAAGAUCCUCCCUAGGAAAAAGAGGCUUGAAGAAUUCAAGACUGUUGCUCUUACUCAAGAGAGUAGAAAAUACUUGCUGAGCAAGUUACCUCAUAAAUUAGAGGAUCCAAGGAGUUUUACAAUUCCUUGCACCAUUGGUGACCACUACACUGGAAGGGCAUUGUGUGACUUAGGAGCUUUGAUGUCAAUGAGUGUGUUUAGGAAGCUUGGGGUAGGGGAAGCUAGACCCACCACUAUUACUUUACAAUUGUCUGAUAGAUCCUUAGCCCACCCUGAAGAAAAAAUAGAAGAUGUUUUAGUCAGGGUAGAUAAAUUUAUAUUGCUUGCUGAUUUUAUUAUUUUGGACUAUGAGGAGGAUAUAGAUGUUCUUAUAAUUUUAAGAAGACCCUUUUUGGCCAUUGAAGGAGCCAUAAUCGAUGUAGAAGAGGGUGAGUUGUCCAUGAAUAUGAAUGGAAAAAAGGUGAAGUCUAAUGUCUUAAAAUCCAUAGAGUACCCAUGGGAGAUAGAAGACUGUUCUUGGAUUGAUGUGAUUGAUUGUGCUAUCAAAGUAAAAUUAAGAAAGGAAAAAUUGAAGGAACUAUUAACAACUACUAUUAUGGAGAACUAUGAGGCAAAUAAUGCAGAUGUAGAAGAGUGUAAAAAUUGGUUGAACACCUGUUCCUAG